CAGGGUCGGAAUUACUUUCUCCGAUAAUUUGUAUUAAUUAUUGGGUUUUUUUUGUUUUUGUUUUUGUUUUUUUUCUUGGCAAAGUUAAGUGCUUUUGAGGACUAAGGGGGGCAGAGUGAAGAUUUUUCUCAUGUGGGAGUGCUCAGUUUCAGAUGUCAUGAUUCCUGCAUUUGUCUAGGGAAGCUUUAUGAGGAAGGAGCAUGAAGUACAGUUGAAACAUCCUUUCAAGACUUUGAUAUUCCCAAAGAUGGAGGAUUUCACCUGAUAUAAUGUGUUUAUUCGUCAAAUUAUUAAAACAAAAUGUUGAUGCUAGGAGAUUUUGAUCGGAAUUCAGUGCAACUAUAUACUGAUUCCCCUAGAGAGGUUUUCAAGCAGACAAUGCUCCAGCAAGAGAUUAUAUUUAGAAAUCAGGUCCAGGAACUACAUAGAUUGUAUGGUAUUCAGAAGACCAUAAUGAAGAAUAUUGGCUCUCAGAAGCUUGAAACUUACAGUUCAAGCGCAAGUGCACAACCACUGGGGACUAGAUUUCCCUCGAAUUCCAUGGACUUGGUAAAUAUAAAAACCAACUCUAGGAAUAUGAUAAAACUGACCUGUGACACGGAUUCAGGAUUCAGGAGGUUUUCAGUUAAUUAAGUAUCCAUUUACACAUUUUAUAAUUUUAUCUUGGCAUAAAUCAAAGACUUCUGGAAGUUAGUAAUACUUUCUGAAAGUAUAAUUUGGAAUACUAUGUAAUCAAAAGCAAUUAGUGCUACAAGGCAACUAUGAUGAAAAGGGUUAUUGCUUUUGCCUGCAUUCACUGUAACUUUACUUCUCCUUUUAGGAAGUGUUUAUGCACUGGUAAAAAUGAUGGGUGGUACGUCGCCUUUCAGGUUGGCUUGAGAGCACCUGUAGGCCAGGAAUUUCUUGAAGGGUAUGCAGGAAAUUACCAUAAUUCUAAGCCAAGGCCUCCAGAUCUUCAACUUUUGGCUGAUCAGUCUGUUAGCCAUGUUGGCAAUGGAAACACUGGGAAUCACCUAACAGAAAUUCCAGAUUUGAACUGUCCUCAUCAAAGUAAUGGUUCAGAUGUACUAGAGUUGAGGCUUUCCCUGAAUCUUGAAGUGGAUAACAGGAGAAAGGAAAAUACUAGAACAACAUGGUUUAACCAGAAAACCAGUUCCUGCUCUCCAAUUGUCAUUGAUUUGGAAGAAUCAGAUGAGAUGAUAUCAAUUGACGAUGCAAGACAUGGGCCUCUUGAUUUUGCUGCUCCUACUACUUAUUUUGGAGGACAGCAUGAUUCACAGGUUAGCAUCACAUCUGACCCAUUCAUCUUUGGAGGCAUGAAGAAAGAUGCUUCUCAUGUUGUAGCAAAUAUGGAGAAAAGAAAAUCCAAUCAGGACAAAUGUUCCACACAAGGAUAUGUUGAUUGCCCUGGUAAUGCCCACAACAAUCUGUCUGCUUGGAAGCAGCCUUUGAUUUCAUGUGAAGUUGGGCGUAUUGACCUUAACAAAGUUCAGCUUGAUGACUUGUCUUGUUUCUCCAAUGAUCCUGUGGUGGCCCACCCUUCAACUGCCAGCUCAAUAGGUGAUUUUAAUAGACCAUUCACUGCAGCUCAAGAUCCCUUUUGUCCAACAACAAUUGAGGGAAAAGUGAUGAGUAAGAUCUCUAGUGAAACAGUUGCUAUUUGUCAACAUGAUGAUGAUCUAAGUCCUGCUUCGGUGAGUCCCAAAAGGGAAGAUAACAGAACAGAUAUUUUGGUUGGAAAUGCCAAAAUCGAUGGAAUAUGGGAAGGCGGAGUGAGUCUUAAAGAACUUAAAUCUGUUUCUAGGGCCCAAAUAGACCUAUGUGAAGACAUUGGCAAUAGCAGCCAGAGUAGCAAUGAAAAUGACAACUCUAUAGUGGAACUCCAAAACUGUUUUGUGCAUGGUACCAAUCCUCAAGUAAGAUGUGAGAAGGCUGAAGCAGAUGAUACAGUAUUAUGUUCUGAUCAAAGCCAAAUUACAGUUGAAGAACAUGGUAGCAAUUCCUUUGAUAAGCAUUUGAGCAUUGCUGUUGCGGAUAAUGAUUCAAGCAGUGGAAAGACAAUGCAAUCUGGGAAUCCAACCCUUCCAGCUUCAGAUCAAUUUUCAGGAACAAAUUUUGGAUCAGAAGUUGUAGAAAAAUUCUUGGGUGAACAGGACCAAAAAUCUUCUGGAAGCAGUGAACCGAAUCCUGAUUUCAACAAGAAUGAGAAAUUGGGGGAAGUGGAUGUUCUGAUUGAAGAAGCAGCUCAAUCACUUAUCAAAAUCUCCAUGGAGAAUUCAGCUUGCAAUCAAAAUCUUUCAACAAAGGCAGUGUCCAAUGAGAUGGAGAAUGAAGAGGAGCAGCCACAGUGUUCUUUUGACUCUUAUGAGCUACUUGCUCUGAAGUUAACUGAAAGCAGUGCAGAUGACUAUUCUGUGUCAUCAAAGCCAUUUGAGCUCAGUGACUCGGAGAGAAAAGAUUUUAGUUGCAAGUUAAGAAGAGGAAGGAGAUUGAAGGACUUUCAAAGGGACAUACUUCCUGGCCUUUCAUCUCUUUCUCGACAAGAAAUUCGUGAAGAUAUAAACAUCCUGGAGGCAGUGUUACGAUCAAGAGAGUAUAAGAAAAUGAGAUCCAACGUGGAAAAUGCAGGAAGUUGGUCCACACCAGUGAGGAGCAGAAGAUCAAGGGUCAAUUAUGGUGGAAGAAGAAAGUGUAGAUAACAACAAUGACAUGGAAACUCCAGAACUGUUAUUCACAUUUCUUUAACUGCAAAUAGUCUUCAAGCUUUUUUUUUACUUAUUUUUAGAUACAUUUUGCCUACAUUGUGAGAUGAUUCUAUCUGCUUUUCUCUUUAGAAAAUGAUUAGUUAUUUUCUCAAAGUAGCAUUUGACACAAUUUGUUCUAGGUAAGAAUACAACUGUUCGUGAGGG